AUGCUCUCUAUCAGCCGCCAUGCCAAAACCCUUAAAACCCUAGCUUCUUCCUGCACCCAGAAACGGACUUAUGUUGAUGUGUACAUGAAAUGGAAAAAAGAUCAUUACUUUGACAACAUCGAACACAUUCUCCGAUCUUCGCAGCUCAAAUCCGUCCUCGCUCUCAAGAACUGUAUCGUCCAGGAUCCUAAUCGAUGCAUUCCGAUAUCUUCCGUCUCCAAGAAGAUGCUUCAAUUCGAUGUAUCCACCAAAAUCGCCAAAUUCUUAAGGCAGUUUCCUUCAAUCUUCGAGGAGUUCGUUGGUCCGGAUUACAAUCUCCCCUGGUUUAAAUUGACACCAGAAGCUGCAGAGCUCGACAGGGAAGAGAGACUCGUUUACCAAAACUCCGCCGAGGAUUUGCGUCACAGGUUGAGGAAAUUGAUUCUGAUGAGUAAAGACAAUGUUUUGCCGCUGAGUAUUGUUCAAGGCAUGAAAUGGUAUCUGGGUUUGCCUGAUGAUUACCUUCAGUUUCCAGAGAUGAAUCUUGAUUCUUCGUUUAGGUUUGUGGAUAUGGAAGAUGGAGUUAAGGGUUUAGCAGUAAACUGUUUUGAUGGAGAAAAAAAGGUUUUGUCUGUGUUGCAGAAGAAUGCAAUGAAGAAGAGAGGAGGAGACUAUUCAGCGAUUGAGUUUCCUCUGUUUCCAUCAAAAGGUUGUAGAUUGAGAGUCAAGAUUGAAGAUUGGUUAAAAGAGUUUCAACAGCUUCCUUACGUAUCACCAUAUGAUGAUUAUUCUCGUUUGGAUCCAAGUAGUGAUGUAGCAGAGAAGAGAGUUGUUGGGUUUCUUCAUGAAUUGCUUUGCCUCUUUGUUGAUCAUUCCGCAGAGAGGAAGAAGCUGUUAUGCCUCAAGAAGCAUUUUGGAUUGCCGCAAAAGGUUCACAAGGCCUUUGAGAGACAUCCACAGAUCUUUUACUUGUCUAUGAAGAACAAAACCUGUACAGCUAUUCUAAGAGAGCCUUAUAGAGACAAAACCAGUGUAGAAACCCAUCCUGUGUUAGCAGUAAGGAAGAAAUACAUCCAAUUGAUGAAGAACUCAGAGUUGAUUCUCAAGAGUAGAAGGAGUAGUUACGAGUUUUCAAAUGAAGGUAUUGUAGAGAAAGAUUUGGAUUUGGAUUUUGAAGGCUAAUGCAGAAGAUUAUUAUACACAAUACAAACCUUCUUCAGUUUGUUCCUUGGAAGAAUUGGCUUAUAUUUCCUUCAAAAGAAGUAUAUUGAGACAUAGUUUGUAACACCCAUCUUUAUUGAUCAAAUACAUUAUCAACGUAUUUGUUUCAGACCAGUCAAACCACUCAUAGUAUUACAAGGACUGUAAAUGCAAGAAUCUUGCUAUAUAUAUGAAUUUAAAAGACGACCAAAGAAAAAAAAAUAACAAGUAUUCCCCAGAAGACAAAAAUGGG